AUGUCCUACUCUCUCGUCGACACCUACCCCGCUGGCUCCGGCUUCUUUGAUCGCUUCAAUUUCUAUGAACGCAAGUCUAUUUCCCAGACGUCGGACUUUGCCGCCUACCAGAGCCGAGCCAAUGCCGAAGCUCUUGGGCUGAUCACCACCGGGCCCGACGGACCAACCGUCAUCCGGGUCGACUCGACCACGAUCGUCAAUGCCAGCUCCCUGGGCCGUCCGACCGUUCGCAUCCAAUCGGCCGCCACGCUGACCUUUGGCCUCUAUAUCUUUGACAUUGCCCACGCUCCCAUCGGCUGCGGCAUCUGGCCUGCCCUGUGGUUCAAAAAGACCACCGGCCCAACCGACCCCAGCGCCGCCGAGGUCGACAUCUUCGAGGCCAUCAACAUGCGUACCUCCAACGGCAUCGGGUUCUACAACAACGGUCACUGCUACGCAUCCCCCGCCGCCCAAUCCAAGCUCAACAUCACCCAGAUGAGCUGCGGCGUCAACGUCAACGACCGCUCGGCCGCCAGCGGAUGCAACUACGACGACCUUCCUGUGGGCUCGGCCGGCGAUGCCUUCAACCAGCAGGGCGGCGGUGUCUAUGCCAUGGAAAUGACAUCGAACUACAUGAACUAUUACUACUGGCCGCGCGCUCAGAUCCCCAGCGACGUCGCCAACGGCAACCCCGAUCCGUCGUCGUGGGGGAUGCCUUAUAUCAACUUCCCCUUUGACUGCUGCUCGCCCGACUGGUUCCAGGGCCUCAACCUGAUCCUGAACAUCAACGUGUGCGGAACCUGGGUCGGCGGAUCGACCGAUCCACAGUGCUCUGGUCUUUGGACCAGCCCGGCCACCUGCAAUGCGUACAUGGCUGCCCACCCGGAGGGACUUACCGAGGGCUACUGGUCCAUCAACUCGUUCAAGAUCUACCAGAAGCAGCAGCAGGCCGCCUUUGCGCGCAACCCGACCGCCACCUGCCCGGCGGAUGCCGUCGUUACCGCAACUAUCACCCAGACCCCUGUUUCGGCUGUUCUGGCCCCGUCGCCCUCGGUCAAGCCAACGACUACCAAGAGUCGCGCUCCCUCGACCACCGGCAAGACCAACGGCGCAACGGGCGCUCCUUCGGCAUCGCUCCUGCCGUACACGCUCGUCUUGGCUGUGAUGCUGAUGAGAAAGUUCUUCUGA